GGAGGGGGAUGGCGGCGGCCGGAGCGCGGGGAGCAGGUCCUGGCCCUGCGAGAGAGGGCGCAGUCGUGGUGCCGCAUCCCAUCCAGGAGCCCGUGCGUGGCUAAAGCCGACCUCCGCCGGAGAACUGCAGCGGAAGGCGAUCCCUCAGCGUGACUGCCCCCGGGGCAGCCUCCCCGCUUCCCCCCGUCAUGGAGGCGGGUGGCUUGGAGUGGCUGCUGGUCCCAAUGCACCAGCUGGUGUCGUGGGGUGCUGCGGGGGCUAUGGUGUUCGGCGGCGUGGUGCCCUACAUUCCGCAGUACAGAGACAUCCGGCGGACACAGAAUGCAGAGGGCUUUUCCACCUACGUCUGCCUGGUGUUACUGGUCGCCAACAUUUUGCGGAUACUUUUUUGGUUUGGAAGGCGUUUUGAAUCCCCUCUUUUGUGGCAAAGCAUUAUCAUGAUCAUUACUAUGUUACUGAUGCUGAAACUGUGCACUGAAGUACGUGUGUCCAACGAGCUAAACAUAAAACGCCGCUGUUUUGCAGCUGCAGAUAGUAAGGAUGAAGAAAUCAAAGCACCUCCCAAGAGAUCCUAUCUGGAUUUUGACUUGAACUAUUUUUGGCAUUGGAGCAAGUUUACAGACUACGUGCAGUGUGUCCUGACCUUCACUGGUGUGACCGGUUACAUCACUUACCUCUGGCUUGACUCAUCUCUCUUUGUGGAAAUGCUGGGCUUCCUUGCAGUGUUCACCGAGGCUAUGUUAGGCGUUCCCCAGCUCUACCGUAACUACCAGAAUAGGUCUACAGAAGGAAUGAGUGUCAAGAUGGUGCUGAUGUGGACCAGUGGGGACACAUUCAAGACUGUUUACUUCAUCUUGAAUCAGGCCCCUUUCCAGUUCUCCAUCUGUGGACUCCUGCAGGUUUUUGUGGACAUCGCUAUCCUGUUGCAGGUUUACUUGUACAGCUACUACCCUCAGAAGCCUGUCUCCCACACUGCACAUCCAGCCAGCACCAAGGCCCUGUGAGGCACUUAGCUGGACAAGUUGCAGGUCAACGGCGCUGUGGAGUCAGCCGUGGCAGCUCCUCUUCCGCUUGUAAAUACUCCUGUGUUGCCGAGUUGAAAGCAGAAAUGAGAACAAGGAUUGAAAAUCUGGCUGCACUUCCAGCUCGGGAGGUUUUAUUUUAAAUAACUUGCUCUCUCUGUUUUCAGACUUAGCUGUACAGAACUGUUCCUUGGUGGGGGGAGGGGCACUUUAUUUUUGCAUAUGUACCUAUGAGCCUUAUCAAUUCACAAAUGUUUGUAUAUUCAAUCACAAGGGCUGGAUGGUUUGUGUUUUUAAUGCUAUUUAAAAAUGUUACACCACAGAAAUUAUAGGAUAUUUUGUCUGAAACUUUUACCUAUUUAUAUAACAUAAAGUCUGUAUAUUGGCAGGAAUUUUGUGGCAUAUGCUAGCAUUCAGUAUCUCCACGAUGUAGGAAGAAGUAUUGAAGAGCAAAUGCAGGAGCUUUCUCUUUUCUUUAAGAAGGGUGUCUGGUGAGCAGAGAAGGUGAGGGCGGGAGGCCCUGCAAAGAGGUGAGCAGCCAGAAAUGAACCAGUCAUACUCAGUGUAAAGCAUCAAUGCGUUCAGGAGUGAAUGGCAGGUGUUCACCCCCGCUGCGGGAUCAGUGUGGCAGGCAGACACAUCAAGGAGAUGAUGAAGGGGGUCUGAGUAUGGAUGAUGCUGGAGCCACGUUUGGAGUAGGCACAGCCAGUCAAGCCGUCAGCCAAAAGGAGGAGCUAACAGGAGACUGCAGGUAACUUAGGUAGUCGUGCUUUGAAACGAUGGGGUUUGGGAACAGCCUGCCCUGCACUCAGGGGGCAGCACUGCUCCUGCAGCUGUGCACAGGACAGAGUUGGGCUGUAGGAUGUCUUUCACAAACCAAGGGGCCAGCAGAUGCGUGUUACCAGUAUUGCCAGGCAAGUAUUUCUAGAUAGCGGUUGAGCCACAAAGGCAGAAGCAACUCCACUUCCAUUGCCUCAGAAGGGGAAGUGAAAAAGUUUGAGACAGAGAAAAAGCCGUAUCCUAUGGAGUAGGACUAGCAUCUGGCAGCUUGAUUUGUUGAGGCUGAGAUUCAUGUUCAUGUUGUUUAAUGCCAAACAAGAACCAGUUUAAGUUUUGGGGUGUUUCUUGCAUUGACCCAACAAGGAAGGAGUCCACGUUUUCCCUUUUCUGUUGCUUAAGAUCUUGUAGGCUCUUAGAAGAAUCAGCAGCCUGUACUUAGACAGAGGGACUGAGAAAGCUGAAAGAGUGGAAAGUUUAUUUAUAAAUGUAGAUGUUGUCUAUAAUGGCUGUUUGCCAGCGUAGGUCACCGUGCCCUUUCUGAGAACUGCAUGUGUCUAGCAGCUGCAGGUGGUGUGGACCCGCAGCGGGCUGUGACCAAGCCCCUGGGCUUCUUCCAGUUGCCAUCAUGAAACCGCCCUGGUUGGUAUGAGGCAGCCAUAGCAAGACGCUUAGUCCCAGGAACAGCUAUGCCUGCGCUGCUUUCUUCUUCAUGAGGCUCACUCCCUGCUGCUGGGUGAAUCCCAUCUGACCACAGGCAAGGUGUUAGAGCUGGGACAGAUUUUUGAGAAUCAUUUUUUCUCCAAGAUUAGCCCAAGAGCUUAUGUUUUCUUAGCAGUGGCAGCAAGUCUGAGGUUUAAUAACUUCAGUGUGUAAAUCAGAUACUUACCCUACCCUGUUUUAUUUGGGAACCUCAUGAUUUGAGUCUGGACUGUCUUCAUUGGUGGCAAACUGUCCUCUGGAGGGGAAGUGUCAGCAGGCUGCAGCAGUGGUUGCGGGAUGCUCGGUUGGGAAUGUCCGUCAUAAGACAGGGAGGAGUGGGCUGUCCCUGGGCUGCUUUACAGACUUGUGCCCCUCUCACUCCCCAGGUAGCCCCAGGCUGACAUCGGGGCUCCCACUGCACGUGCCGUUUGGUUUUGGAGCUGACAUGUUAGUGGCGGAGGGCUGAGGCCCAAACCUGUGGGCAGAAGUCCUGCCCUGGAGCCAAGCCAUCCUGCCCUUUGGUGGGGGCACUGCUGGAGGUGGAGGGAAGGGUGUCCUCGGGAAGUCCCUCCUGCCCCAGCAGAUCCAGUUCGAUCUGCGUGAGCAAAGCAGAGCCGAGGAGAGCUGCUGUUUCCGAGGGCUGGGCACAGAAUGCUCUGCCCGGGCACUGACUCCACGCUCUUUGUUCGAUACCGUACUCUUUUAGGCCUGAAGUGACCUUACAAAGAUGAUGUACCCGGCAUGGCAGACUAUGAAUGUUUUGUUCCUCUCUUUUGUCCAAUGUUCUGGUUGUGUUACAGGAACAUCUGGGCUUUUGUCUUUUUUAACUGAAAACUUACUUAACAACUGGCUUCUCUGGUAUGCUGCUUUAAUGAGGAUUGUAUUUCUACUGUAUGCAAACAAACACUUUCUUGUGUGUUUUAAUGGUCUGAAGGUUUUUUUUAAUAACUUGUAAUGAAAAGAUUUUUGUAUAUGGUGGUCUUUUUCUAAUAUUCUAUGAAACGGGGAUAUAAGAAAUAAAUGGCUCUUAAGAAAUAUACUUCUGUGUGUUAUAGCUUCACCUGGGAGUGCACACUUUUGGCCACCUCUUUGGCUUUGAACUACAGGUAUUACUGAGAAUAAAACAACUGUUGUUUUUUCCUUUUGGGACUCUUCCCUGGGCAGAUUCUCGAGUCUGUCAUCAGUACCCAAACCAGCGCGCUCUGCAGACCAGUCUCAUUCACACCAGAGCUGCAAAUGCUGGGAGAGAAGCCAGUGAAACCAUGUCUAAAGUCAUCUUCUGUAUGCGGCAUUUAGCAAGGUAGGACUCUUGGCCAGGAACUCUUGAACUGCAUCUUGCAAGAUACUUUAGGGACAAAAUGUUACAGAACUUUGUUUUUGUUCUUUAAUUGUCAGGAAGUAUCUGUAUCAAUGAUCAUCUCAGAGAAUAAGAAAUCAAUUACUUCAAAUACGUCUCUUUGAAUGUAUGGCACAUUUCAUGGCGUUUAUUUUCUCUGUCAGUUGCAAUGUUUUUUUAAAUAAAAAUUAUCUAUUAUA